UCAGUCAAAUCUGGCAACGCUGCUUGCAGGUGCUGAAAACUGCGGAAGCGGAAACCGCCGUGUCGUGUCGUCUCCUCGAAGGUUCCUGAAGAUCCACUCGAGGCGCUAGGAUCUGGUUUCUCACGUCCUGAGACAAGCCAAUGCAGUCAGGAGGAAGAGAGACCAGCAGGAUGAAUGCUCACUGAGCCAGCAGCUGCACGCAAGCAACUUAAAAAAUUAGACUUUGACAGCACAGCCAGGCUUUACAAAAAGAUCGUGGUGGUUUGAUUACCCACCUCCCACCGAGACACCAUGACAUCCUCUAUGCUCCGCCGACAGCUGAAGAACCUGGUCCAGAACUACUCUGAGGCUGAGGUCAAGGUGAGAGAGGCUACCUCUAAUGACCCAUGGGGUCCAUCCAGCUCUCAGAUGGCCGACAUCUCUGACCUAACCUACAAUGUGGUGGCCUGCAACGAGAUCAUGACUAUGCUCUGGAAACGCCUGAAAGAUGACAAGAACUGGAGACACAUCCACAAGUCCCUGACACUGCUGGAGUACCUUUUAAAGACCGGUGACGAUCGUGUGCUUCUGAAAAUGAAAGACAACAUCUACAUCGUCAAAGCCCUCACAGAGUACCGCUUUGUAGAAAAGGAUGGCAAAGAUCAGGGUGUGAAUGUGAGAGAGAAGGCUAAGACUGUCCUUGUUCUAAUGGAGGAUGAUGACAAACUUAAGGAGGAAAGAGACUUUGCCUUCAAGACCAGAGAGAAGACGUCAAAAAGUUCCGCUGCCUCAUCCUCUGAUGCCGUCAAGGAUCCUAACUACAAGCCAUGCUAUGUUGCCGGGGCCUCAGGGCUUCCAUCCUUAGACAACAUACCCUCGGUGGCUGACUUGACUGCUUCCUUCGCUGCCCGCAAAGAGGAACGGCUCAAACAGGAAGCUGAGAAGAAAGAUGCAGAGAGAAGGGCCAAGAUGAGUGAAGAUGAGCUGAAAUGGGAGGAUGCAGGCAAAGGCAAUGAUGUUAAAGUUGAUGUUUGGGGAAGGGAAAAGGCAGAGGAGAAGGAGGAGGUGAAGCCAGACCCAUGGGGAGCCCCCAAAGAACCUAAAGAGGCUACAGAUCCAUGGGGCACACCCACAAGACCUGACACAACUGACACAGCAGCUAGCAGUGAUCCUUGGGUGGCUCCAAGUACAGCUGAUGAAGAUGCAUUUGCAGCACCAAAAACUGAUGAAGAUCCAUUUGCAGCACCAAAAACUGACGAAGAUCCAUUUGCGGCACCAAAGAAUGGAGAAGAUCCUUUUGCAGCACCAAAAGACGGACCCGAUCCAUUUAGUGCAUCAAAAGAUGACCCUUUCAACACCCCAAAAGACAGUUCAGACCCCUUCAAUGCACCCAAAGACAAGGAGGAUCCCUUUGCUGCUCCAAAAGAUAAAGCAGAUCCUUUUAGUUCGUCUAACAAUGAUCCAUUUAAUACACCUAAAGAUGAUCCAUUCAGUGCUCCAAAGGGCGAUCCUUUUGACAGCCCAAAGGAUGAUCCUUUCAACACCCCAAAAGAUGACCCAUUUAACGCCCCAAAAGAUGAUCCAUUUAAUGCCCCAAAAGAUGAUCCUUUCAAUGCCCCAAAAAAUGACCCAUUCAGUACCCCAAAAGAUGAUCCCUUUACAGCACCAGCAUCAACACCCCCUAAAGAAGACCCAUUUGCAGCACCAGCAUCAGAUGACCCCUUCAAUGCUCCCACAACACUGCCUAAAGAAGAUCCUUUCUCUGCACCAGCCAAACCUGCUCAAGAUGACCCGUUUGCUGCACCAAUAACACCACCCAAAGAGGAUCCUUUCUCAGCACCAUCUAAAUCUCCAGAAGAUGACCCCUUUGUUGCCCCAACAACACCACCUAAAGAGGAUCCUUUCUCUGCAUCAUCCAAACCUACAACAGAUGACCCCUUCGCUGCACCAACAACACCCCCUAAAGAGGACCCAUUUGCAGCACCAUCCAGUGCACCAAAAGAUGACGCCUCAGAUCCCUUCAAUGCCCCUCCAGUGAGCUCGCUCCAAGGCAGUGCAGAUGCGUGGGGACCCCCUGCCAGCUCUCCACCUGCCACCGGGGAAGAUCCCUGGGGGACAUCCUCAGCACCAAAGGAAACAAAGGCUGGAGAUCCCUGGGGUAAUGGAGCAAGCGCCUCCUCACCUGGUGAUAGUUCUGAUCCAUUUGGGCAUGCAUCCAAACUGGACAAUGACCCAUGGGGAGCCCCAGCUUCAGCUCCAGCCAGUACAGAUGAUGCAUGGGGUUCACCUGCUCCACCCUCAGCUUCCUCCCCAUCUAGUGACCCCUUUGGAGACGGAGAAUCUAAAACUAAUGAUCCCUGGGGUGCACCGAGCAAUGCAACUAGCAAUGCCACAGGAAAGCGUACAGUGCAAGGAGAGGAGAUGUAUAGAAAGACUGCUUCGUUCUUGGGCUCAGCGGGGGCAUCGCUGGUUGACUUGGACGAUCUGUUUUCUUCUAACCCCAAACCCAAACAACGCCCCUUCAUCAACACACUCGCCGCCCAGACACAAGCCGUCGGUGCUUUCAAAGCUAGGGGCAUGUCGUCUGGCCCUGUGGUCAGAUCAGGUGCUGUUGCAGGGGUGUCCCUUCCUGAAACAUCACCCUUACCUGGCAGUCCUUGUGGUUUCCCCCUUGCGCCCUCCCACGGUGCACCUACUCCCACUUUUGGAGCUGCUAAUCCCUCCAGUGAAACUCCUGUCUUUCAGUUACCACCCCAUACAAUCGGAGUGUCUUAUUCUGGCUUCAGUAUGCUUCAGGCAGCUCAGGUGGCUCCAGAAACUGGAAUAGUACAAGAUGUUCCUGUGGGAGGGAGUCCACAAAUGGGACUUCACAUGAACCCCCCCUGUGGAGGAGUGGGUAUGGUGCAAACUGGACUUGUGGGGAAUCCUUUGGCAGACCCCCUUUUGUUUGGAACAGGAAUGGGUCAGUCCAGUUACUAUGGAGGGAGGGUGGGCCACUUGGGUGGAAACACUCCGCAGGCCGAGGGUGGGGUCCCAUUGCAGCCACAGUUGCUGUCGAGCAGCGGGUUGGGUGAGACAGUGAGUAAAAACAACAACCCAUUCCUGUUCUGACAAGUUUCACAUGUUUUAGCCCUCUAACAAUAUAUACUUCUUCAUCAUCAUUAUCAUCAUCACCAUUUACAAGCCAUAAGAUUACAGAUCACAUUAAUGUGUACCUUACAGGUAGCCACUGGUUUUCGCAUUGAAAAGUUGACGUUCAGCAGGUGGUGUGUGUCCAAGGAGGGAGAGUUUCAGAAGGUACAGUAAUUCAGAAUCCCUGUUUGAAACCAGACUAACAUGCAAUAACCCUGUAACUUUACUUUUCACAAUAAAGCGCUCUAAAGAUUUCCAGCGGUAGACUGAAAUCAGUGGCUGCCUGGACGGUACGAAACAAUAAACAAUGAUAUACUUUUAUACUUCACGGGCAGCAGUAUGCAUUCAACUUCAAGGGCAAAAAAACAUGCAAAAAAGUCCUCAGCUCCUCAGCUUCCACUUGCCUCUCCUUCAGUCCUACAAACCUGCACAGGUCCAACAGCCAUUGAUUCAGUGUAUACAGCAUAAUAUAUAAACAGAACAAUAUGUAUGUGAAACUGCACUUCUUAAUUGAAACAAAUCUAUUGAAUACAUUUUUUUUUUUUUACACGCAUAAGUCUGAGAAACAGAAAGCACCUGAGUGUGAGUGUCUGUGUGGAAAUACUGAAGCUUUCCUAUGUGUCUGAAUGUUGUGUUCUGUGACCGGACCUGUAAAACAUUAACAAUUGUUCUGGGAAAUAACGUCACUGUAGGUUUUCAUUCAGUGUGCAUGUGUUUGUACAUGACGGAGUGUGUGUGUGUGUGUGUGUGUGUGUGUGUGUUUGUGUGCGUGUGUGUGUACGAGCGUGCGUUUGCGCGUGCGCGCAAGAGAGACCUGUAUGCACGCAGUGUGUGUGUGCAGUAUAUAUUGUGCUGAUGUAAAUAGUGGAAGUAAUCACAGAUAAACCUUGAAAUAUACUGUAUAUCAGAGUGUUACAAUCAUGAGUAACUAUUUAUUGAUCUAUUUAUUGAUUUAUUGCUUGAUUAUUUAUUGAUGCAACAAUGGCCUCCAACAAAGACAAGUUCAGGUUAACUUUGAUAACAGUGUCGUCAUCACACAGGUUGUGCUGAUUGUAUUGAUCACGUGUGAUAUCAAGCAUGAUUGGCUUUAUUCUGAUUGGCUGUUCAAACCCUGCAUUAUCAAUCAACUCAGUAACCAAUGGUGGCUUUAUCCUCCCUGCAGUCAUUCCUGAUUCAUUGUGUAAUUGAACAUGUCCUCUCUGUAUCUCCUGCCGUUAGACCAGAAGCAGAAAUGUGUUGUAUGGUGUUUAGCUGCAGCGUUGGCUGAAUAAAAACUGAAUUUGAACAUAUCAACCUGCAUGCUGUCUGAGAAGAUCCUCCUCCGUAAGCGUUUGUGUGUGUGUGUGUGUGUGUGUGUGUGUGUGUGUGUGUGUGUGUGUGUGUGUGUGUGUGUGUGUGUGUGUGUGUGUGUGUGUGUGUGUGUGUGUGUGUGUGUGUGUGUAUAAUCUAUUUGGUGUGUGAUUGAUUGAUGAACUAUUUCAAAACACAGCUGUACAAGAAGGUUAAUAUGUAAAAAAGGCUCCGCUUAUCUGCAUCACGUUAUGUAGCUCUACAGACAGCUGCUUCCUUGCAGCUGAAGAUUUUGAGACAUUUUGACUUUGAAAACAUGAACACUAGUAGUAAAUCAGUAAUGGUAGUUUAUGAGAUCACAGUUCAGUACAUUAAAAAGCCACCCUGAAAGCAACUGUUAGCUUUCUUUGUGUUUUAAUGGGCCUGUACAUGUCCUUCAUGUAUUCUCGACUCCUAUUAAUGUGAACUUUGGUGGGAAAAUAGACUGAAAGACUUUAGACAGUUUGGUGUCAAGGAGUUCCAGUAGAGAAGGAUGAGAAUGGGGGGAAAAAGUAGUCAAUAACACUAAUAUUAUUUCUCAUUUAAUUUUGUAUGAAAUAAAUUUAUUUUGCUUUGUAUUUAAAUUUAAAGUUGUGUUGUAAACUGACAGUAUACAGUACAUUUGAGAAAUAAAAUGAUACAAUGAG